GCGGCCACCGGAGCAGCGGGGCUUCGAGCGGGAGCAGAGUCCGUCCGGCGCCACGGGGUCUCCUGGGCGUGGCAGGGCGGGCUUGGUGGCCACCAAUCAGAGGCCAGGAGGCGCUGCCAGGGGGCCUGCGCAGGCGCACUGGGUCGCCUGGGGCUGAAGGGGCGGGGCUUCGGGAGGACCUGGGCUUCUGUUCAGUUGGUCGCUGGCGGGGAGGAGGAGAGGACGGCCACCAUGCAGGCCCCGGACGAUGGCGAGGGCGGCGCAGGGACACCCAAUGGCCCUGGAGGCUGCGCAGGCCUUGGCGGCUGGGAGGGUGAAGGAGAGGAGGGCGCUGUGGCCGGUGCAGCUCCCCAGGUCCAAGGGGCGUCGCUUGCCCCUGCGCCGGGUGCAGAGGCCUCUUCCCCUGGUGCGACCCCUGGAAGCCCGCCGCUGGAGUUCGCCCUCACGGUGCCCUUCCUGUCCUACACGGAUGCGGAGGUGGCUCGCAGGUACCUGUGCGCAGGUGCUGACCUCUACCACGGGGCUGUGCAGAGGGAGCUCACAGUGAUUGGCAGUGACCUGGUUAUCCGAUUAACGUCUGAAGACUCCGGCCUCCUGCAAAUCUCCACCGCCUCCUUGCUCAGCAGGCUUUCCGUCGUGGUGCAGACCAUGCAGCACUUCGUGCCUCCGGUGUUUGUUAAGCCUCGGCCUGGAAAGGGGGGUUGAGGCCACAAGAGUACCCUGUCCUAGGCAGCGCGUCCGUCCCUAAGACCGUGAUUUUCGCACCAGUGGCCACUUUAUUGGAGGGCCCGAUUGUCUGCCUGCACCAGCCCUUGGCCACUCUCUACCCCCGUGGCUUGGCUUGCUGCCUAGGUACUGCUUACCGCGGAUAAUAAAACGGAGUUUCUUUGCGGCA